CAACCAACUCGGAAAUUUUUCUUUUUUUAGAGAGAAACCUUUUUUCUUCGUCUUCCUUAUUUCUUUCACUUUUGAAGAAGUGAAUCUGGACGAAUAAGGCCGUCAUAUAUUGGAACUUGAACCAUCAAAUUCAUCAAAAGAUUUUAAAAAAAUCUUAUUUCUUUUGAUUUCUACUUGUAUUUAAGCCUUCUUGAUUCACCACCUUAAACCGGAUUAUUUCAACUCUUUUUUUUUUCUUCUGUCAUUAAGACAUGAAGUUCUUCGGGUGGAUGCAAAACAAGCUACAUGGGAAACAAGGGAAUACUCAUAGACCAAGCAUAUCCUCUACUUCUUCUCAUCAACCGAGAGAGGAGUUUAGCGAUUGGCCUCACGGGUUACUAGCGAUCGGAACAUUCGGUAACAAAGAGACGACACCACAAAAACUUGAUCAAGAAGUGAUUCAAGAAGAGACGGUGUCUAACGUGAACGUGGAAGAUCAAGCGCAAGAUAGAGAUCAAGAUCUUUCUUCCUCCGAUGAUCUAGAAGAAGAUUUCACUCCUGAGGAAGUUGGGAAACUACAGAAGGAGCUGACGAAGCUCUUGACGAGGAGGAGCAAGAAGAGGAAGUCUGAUGUGAAUAGAGAGUUGGCAAAUCUUCCUUUGGAUAGAUUCUUGAAUUGUCCUUCGAGUCUUGAGGUCGAUAGAAGAAUCAGCAACGCCCUUUGUUCUGAUGAGAAUGAAGAAGACAUUGAGCAAGACAUUGAGCGUACGAUCAGUGUUAUCUUAGGAAGAUGCAAAGCGAUUUCGACAGAGAGCAAAAACAAGACGAAGAAGAGUAAGAAAGAUUUGAGCAAAACCUCUGUUUCUCAUCUCCUCAAGAAGAUGUUUGUAUGUACAGACGGUUUCUCCCCCGUCCCUAACCCUAGCUUGAGAGACACGUUUCAAGAAACGAGAAUGGAGAAGUUGCUGAGAAUGAUGCUACACAAGAAGAUUAACACUCAAACUUCCUCGAAGCAAACAUCAACGAAGAGAAACUUGCAAGACAAGCAACGACUUUCUUUGAAGAAUGAAGAAGAAGAAGGAAGAAGUAGUAACGAUGGUAGUAAAUGGGUCAAAACAGAUUCUGAUUUCAUUGUUCUUGAGAUCUGAAUAAUUUGAUCCACUUUUGCCUUUUUCAUGUUCUUACAAGAAAGUACAGAUAAUCUUCAAUGAGAUCAAGACAAGAAAUGAUCAAUCAAUCAGUUUCAUUUUCUUUCUGAUGAAAGUUUUUGGGUAAUCCGCAAGAGCCCAUGAAUCCCUUUUUUUUGCAUGGUUGGGUCAGUAAAACCAAACAUGUUUUGGGAACUUAAACAUCAGACAGUACAUGAGAUAUUUGUAUGCAUGCAUACAUGUGUGUAUAUGUGAAGAUAGUUAUUUAAUGUAUACAUACAUGUAUGUAGUUGUGUAUUUUGAGGUGGAUAACCUUGGUUUAUAACUUUAUAUACAGACUUCGUCUUUUAACACUUUUUUUUUUCUUCAGUCAUUUUUACAUGUUUUUUCUUCUUUUUAAUUUACUUUGUAACACACAAAACUAUUCAGAUUAAUAAUACUUUUGUCUUAGCCUUGUAA